AGAACGGCAACUUUGUACAGUCAGACUGGGCUGCUAACCAAGUCCAGAGGCAAGGACGGCGCUCUCAGUCUCAAGGAUGUUUUACCGGGACUCUUGUUCGCUAUCUGGACAGCGUCGGGUAGAGCUUAACCGUGGACGUCGGAAAUAAUUACUAUUUGGGAAACUUUGGCGAUCGCGUAGCUAAUGAACGUAGCUAGAUAAGCGAACCGCGGCGAAGAUUAGCUAACUAAGCUAACAACCAUAUUCAAUGAGAGGAGGGGAGUGCGCUUUUCUGCAGGUACAUUUCGAAGCCAGGGACUACCUUCAGCUCUCUGGCAAUGGUCUAGGUGUCCAUAACCGUCGUGUGUAAUUUGAAGCCCCCGUGUAGCUUUUAAACGCUGCUAUGAAGUGCCGCAACAUGGAUAGCAAUAAGCAUAAUGUGCUUUGGAGGUUGGGAUCAGUGCUCUUAUCAGUUGCGGGAGAUUGCUUUCAUUGAUUUCGCCCUUCCCUGACCAAACACACGCUAUGAGGUUGCCAGGAAAUUUCUCCGAGGAGGAGGUGUGCUGAGCUGUGAUCGCCCGCUCUCGUUUGCAAAGAAUGUCCGACUUCGAAAGUUCCGGUUCGUACUUCGGUUUGGAGGAUCCGCAGUGGCUAUGCAUGGUCACGCUUUUCGUCGCGUCCGUGGUCACCCUGGUGCUCUACUUCGUGCAGUAUUUCCAGCAGAGGGGUGCGGGGACGGAGCGGCGAGCAGCGGCGGACAGCGCGGCGAAGGAGGAAGCCGCCUCGCUGCUGGGAUGGGCGCUGUCACUGAAGAGCUGGAAGGGUCAGUGGAGAGGAGCCUGGUGCAGGGCUCUGACUGACGAAUCGAGGAAGCGUGGGGGCCCUGUUCUUUUGACGUUCGAAGAGGAUGACGCCGAGGCAUCCGAGCUCAUGGUCAGCCAAGUGUCCAGCUUUCAGAAGUCCGCCAGAAACAAGGAAGCUUCCUGCAGCGUGGUCGGGGAGGCUCUUCAGUUCUCAGUCGGCGCAGCACAGACGGCAAUGGCUCCAGCAGAUCCUUGUAAAUACACAGUGUGUAUAGCUCCGCUGGAGCUGCAGCUUGAUCUACAGAUGCGAGAAGCUGAUGAUGAGGUGAAGGUGAGCUGGGGAGUGUCUCAGCUAGAGACGGCGGAGCUUCAGGUGACGCCCGCUGCCACCCAGGACAAUCCCAGUGCUUCCAGAGUAGCGGCCGUUACAGAGCAGUUGAGGCAGCUGUUAUGCGCAACCCGUCCCUCUGUGAUGCUGAGCUGCAGGCCUGCUCAGGCCUCAGAGGUCAAGGAAGCCCACAAUAAUAUGGUUUCACCCCCCAAACCCCCCCGCGCCCACGACUGGAAGCUGCUGGUGAAGAACACCCGAGUGACACUGAAUCAGGAGGAAGAUGCUGCAGGCAGCAUGAAUCCUCUGUGUGUGCUGAGGCUAGAUGAUCCUCCACAGAGGUUUAACACCCCUGUUUUGAAGAACACAACCAAUCCUGCCUGGGACCAACCGUUCAUCUUUGAAUUGAAUGGACUUUCGAAAGAGCUCAUUGUUCAAUUGGUGAAUGAUGGACAACCUCAAGAAAAUUGCUUACUUGGUCAGGUGUCAGUGCCUUUCGAUCUUGUAAAGAAGCACCCCAAAGGACAGCAAACAUUUGCACUCAUGACCAAAGACAAAGUGACUGGAUCACUUACUACUGAGUUUACCUACCUGGAGCCCAGUGAGGUGAGGUCCUGGCACCCUCCCACCCCAGCCUCCAGUAAGAGGGUUGAGAUGGACCGGACGGUCAUGCCCUGUGGCACCGUGGUUACCACCAUCACCGCGGUGAAGAGCAAGCCAGGUCGGCCUCUCCCUCUUGGACUCAACAUAGAUCCUGUCCACAAAGCAGUGGUCAACAAGCCCAAGCUCGCGGAGCGUCGCGUUUCAGAGCAGGCGUCUAUGCUGGGGGCCACAGUCAGCAAGGCCCUGUCCUCUUCUGAUACCGAGCUGCUGAUGCUCAACGGCACAGACCCGGUGGCCGAGGCCGCCAUCAGACAGCUCCACCAGUCGGCCAAGCAGAAGCUCAAGUCCCCGGUGAAGAAGAGCACCAUCAUCAUCUCCGGCAUCGCCAAAACACCCUUGUCUCAGGAUGAUGAGCUCGCUCUGAUGGCGGGCUACGCUGCGGCGAUGGACGCCUCGAUGUCAGAGGGCGGCUCCACUCAGGAUGUGACUACAGCGAUUGCGACAGGGACCAGCAGCCCCCCGGACGAGUCCGAGCCUCAGGAGGGCCCCAGUGGAAUCGGCCGGCCUCCAGAGGACUGGGAGAGCCAGACCGGAGAGGAACUAGAUCACACAUCGCUAUCCAUGUGUGUGUCUGAGGCGAGCUGCAAGAAGAGUAGAGGCAGCUUCCUUCAGAAGAGUGCCAAGCUCUUCUUCCGGCGGCGUCACCAGCGCAAGGACCCGGGGAUGAGCCAGUCGCACAAUGACCUGGUGUACCUGGAGUCUCCGGCAGCAGUGGAGCGGGCCAGCCGGACAGCCACGCUCAGCCGCAUGCUCAACCGCAAGAGUAAGAAUAAGAGCAAAGCCAACGGCUCUACCUCCACGGGGGAGCCACGCGCGUGACCCCUCCCGACCCCACCAUCCUCUCCUGUCACCUCAGUCCCUCCUACAACAACUACCAUCACCACCUCCACCUCAAGCUUGCACUGGCAAACUUCCUGGCUAACCUACAGCCCCCGCCGCCCGGUGCUCGACCGGCAUACUGGGGCUCCUGCAUUGUGAAUGGGGAAAGCUGCGUAGACGGAAAAAUAUCCUCUCCGCCGCCAUUUCCUGCUUCCUUUGAGUAGCACAUAUUCCACCAAAAAGCAAGCGUGUGCAUGUGUGGAUGAAGGUCUCCCGUCUGAGAGACUGAUGGCAUUUCAGAGGAUAUUAUUUAGCAUGUUUCUUUUACUUGAUUUUAUGCAACAUUUUGAAAUCUUUUAAGUGCUUUUGUGGCCUUACUUAUGGGACAGAAAAAGGACUGGCGUGGGCCGUCAAAGUCUCCCUGCUGUCAACCGUACGUUGCCUACGGUGGAGCAACAGGACCAAAGAUGAAGAGAAGAGUGGCGUUCGUAUGAUUUGCACAAUUUUAGUACCUUUUUAUUUAAAGUGCAAUGAGAGGAGCUACUCUUGUGCUCGAGAUUCAUGUUUAACAAAAAAAAAAAAAAAAACAUUCACAAAGGGAGAUUUUAGGGAGACUUUUUUUUUUUUUAGUGCACGACCGGUGCAAGUGGGAGAUUGUAACACGACUACUCUUUGACACUAAUACUAUGAAAUGUGGCAUUUAUAUUAGCUCAUUGAAAAUCCUUUUUUAAUUUAAUAAUUCCAAAUGAAAUAAGAUUGGAAUAACAGCUAUAUGAAAUGGGGCAUAUAAAAGCUGUAAAACAAAGGCAUCUGGGAAAAUGUCAGCCUUGUGUCUAACGAAGACAUCCGAGCCAGACAUUUUAUGAUUGACACGUACAGAGGCAACAAAGGGGCAUCGACAGUAAUUAAGAGCCUUUCCAAUGAGAUGACAAAAAGCAGCACUGUGGCUAAUAGAAUCUUUAGCUGUAUGUGAACGCUUUAGGUUUAUGCCUCUCUGCAGUGUUUUCCAAAUGAUAUGCAACUUUCUUAUUUGUCUUCCGUAAAGAUUCCUCCUGUACACUACUGUCAGCAGCAUUGUUAAUGUGUCAAAAGGGAACUGAACGAACCUUUACCCAGGGACAUGUGACGUCACACUCGGCCAUACUUGUCGCAGUACGCACUAAUGAAAUCUGCUCUACACUCGGUCCAAUCUGAAUGAACUCCUCAGUCUUUUUAUUUGAUGUUUUAUUUUAUUUUACUUUUUUCAAGAAGAUGUAGCUAUGAACACACGAACAAGAGAAAGUGUGAAUACGUUGUGGGAGCAGCCACAUGGUUUGGCUGCUCUUUUUUUUUUUUUUUUAAUAUCCAGCUAAUGAUUGUAUUUCCUUUCUCUAAAGCAGCUUGUUGAAGAAGUUUUCUCUACAUCAUGUUAACUACUGUUUCUUCUAUAAGUUUAAUACAUGCAGCAAAGUGGCAGACAGAGCUAACAGAUUGCCUUACAGUUAUUCUGAGGAUGAUGUCACCGGUUAGGCUUGUUCCUUGACUUGACUUUUGGCCUCCCGAGGCCCGCGUCCGCCAUCACACCGGAGGACCGAAGGACCGCCGCGUUCCCUGCACCAUCGGCAGUGUCUAGAAUCGAGACGCCUAUGCACAUAACACAUCUGUUAACUGGGUGUUUACAUUAUUGAGACUAUCCGAAUUCAAAACACUCACUCGCCGCUCAUGCCGACACUCUGCUGCAGAUCCACCGUGGGUGGUCUUUGUGUCUUGGUGUUAACAGUACAUGGUAAGAACUGUGAUCCCUUCUCACCGGCCGCUCUCUGCCACCAUCAUGGACUUGAUUCCAGUCUGUUUUCAAGGCUGAAAAAAUAUGCUAUCAUCAUGCUAUCAUCCGGACAGAAUCACCUUUAAACUCUGAGGAACGGAGGGGGAAAACGGGUUGUUUUAAUCGUGCGCAGCUUCAGAGCCCUUUGCUUAUGGCAGCCUGCAAGCAUUGGCUACUGUUAUGCAUUCAGUAGGCAGUAGGUCUGUAUGUGAUUAAUAAACGGCUUCCUGAUGUUUUUUUUUUUUAUUAUUAUUGGCAACUGUGCACACAAACUGACUUAACUGUUGUUGCAGAAUGUCAGUCAUCUCCCUGCAGGGAUUGUAACUAAUAUACAUAUCGAGUUCAUUUUCAACAAAUAAAUAUUGAUUGGAUAACUGAGA